AAUAUCCUCAAUUACACCAUGGCUGAGGACGGACACACCAGUGAAGAGCAGGUAUCUCUCAUUAAACCUGAAAGUGGCUGUAAAUUGUAUAAAAGAAGAUGGCUAAUGUUAUUCAUAUUCGCUAUAUUUUCGAUGUCAAACUAUUACUUGUGGGGGCAAUAUGCGGCGAUUUUUACUGCAGUGAGAAUUUACUAUAACACUACGAGAGAUAUUGUUGAUCUGCUGAGUUCUACAAGUUUGGUUACAUAUGUCGUCGCCAUAGUACCAGUGAUGUGGCUAACCGAGAAGACGGAUUUGAAAAUUGUCCUUAUAGUUGGUACUGUUUUUCAAUGUGUUGGGGCAUGGAUUCGAUAUAUCGGGACACUAAAUUAUAACAUACCGCUAAAUUUUAUUGGUCAGACUUUAUGUGCAAUGAGUCAACCAUGUUGUUUUGGAAUGUCAUCACAAAUGGCAGGGACCUGGUUUGGAAUUGACGAAGUAGCGCUGUCGAAUGGAAUUGGAUUUGCCGCUGUUGAGAUCGGAGUUGGCCUGGCGCUCAUAAUUUGUCCACAAGUGAUAUACAGCGGACCCGACCUUGCACAUCAGAUGGACAUUUUGUUCUUAUGGACAGCAAUUAUUAUGACAUUAAUAGUUCCAUUAACCAUAUUCGUUUUCGAAGCGGAGCCACCACUACCUCCUAGCAGACCAAGAAUGAAUCUUGAAAAAGCAGGAAAACAGGAGAGCGCUUGGAAAUCGCUGUGGUUCGUGUGCUCUAACUGGAAUUUUAUGUUACUAUUAUUUGCAAACACUUUCAACCUUGCUUUUUUAUCACUGAUUAUUUUCAAGUUAGAUGAAACACUUUCGCUUACACUUACGACCAAUGCAAAUGUAGUAAUUCAGUAUGUUGGACUGGCCAAGAUUCUCGCCGUCAUAGUUGGUCCAAUGGCGGCAGGCCAUUGGCUAGAUAAAUCAAGAUCUUUCAGGAGGACAUUUAUCGCUUCUGUUUUCUGUAAUGCAGUCACUGUUUUUCUUUUUACGUUGUCAAUCUAUUUAGAUUGUGCUGUAUGUGUUGUGAUUGAUAUGGUCAUAUAUGAGUUUUUUGCUGCGUGUACGAUUAUCAUAGGAUUCGAAUAUGCCAUUGAAUUGACGUACCCUGAGCCAGAGAUUAUGUCGUCCGGUCUUCUAAAUGCAGCAGGCUAUGCUUUUGCAUGCGUUAUGAUGCUGUUGUACGAUGUUGUCCUCGCUGCAACCAAUAUAUGGGUAACGAUGAUUAUGUUCAUUGCCAUGAUGCUUUUCGCAUUCGUCUUAUCGAUUUUUGUCAGUGAUAAUUAUCUAAGACAGAGAGCUGAUCAGGACGAUUAUGAAGGAACAUCGCUAAAUGACUCCGAAAUGACAAAGAGAGGAGAAUAGUAUUUAGACUGUAAUGUUCUUAUAUAAUAAUGAGUCUUAUUAAUUGUUUUAAAUGUCAAUUUAUCCUCAUUACUUCUAAAUGGAGACCAAUACAAUUAUUAUAAACAUUAGUGCCCUUUGACAAAGAAUACAAGGAGGUUGCAGAGGUCCAUGGUCACUGGAAUGAUAGGAAGCCAGCCAUUAUGCAAACCAUUCCCAUGCCCCGUGCCUUGCCCGUGCCCAUGCCCGUGGGGCAUUCCAGUGGUGCUAUGCGCACACCGUACUUCCUUAGCGUUUGAACUUAGAGUGGAGAGUUAUAACGAGUUUUGCACAAGAGUAAAAAUAAAUAUAAUAAAAUUGUCCCAGAAGUUAAAGGCAAGGAAGAAUUAUCAGAAUAGACUAGACAAUUUGAGCUGUAUUUGAGGAAAGGAUUGAUAAUUUUAACCUAACAUUGUUCAAAUAAUUACUAUCAUUUAACUAACUCAAUUUUAUUGUUAUUCGAAGAUACUUUUACCUUACUAAAUAGAAAUAAUUUUGAAAUUUAAUAUAGUUAUAAUAUAUAGGCCUAAUAUUGAAAUAGUUGAUGAUCUGUAAGAUAUUCGUUCUGGUUCUGGUGGGUAAACCUGGCGAUUCAAGGGCUCCAAAUGUAGGAGUAUGAGGAAGGGUAGAAAUAAAGUCGAAAGAUAGGGAUGCUACUCCACGGCAACUGAAGAUGCACAGCAUCAGUCAUGAGCAGGCUUGCCAAAGCGCGUCAAGCCAUUACAGGUAGAAAACUCACAAUUACAUGAGCAUUUGUUUUAUGAAUUAAACCAUAUUAGUAAUAGGCCUAGUAUUUAAAUCUCGGAGACAUUAAAAGAGUAAGCGAAAACACCACAAAAAUGGAGAAGCAAGAUAACUUGGAAAGAUACAGCUGUGGUGGCGAAAAGAUUUUGCCAGACGAGAAGUUCCUGAUGAUGGGAAUACGAACGAAGCAACCUUAACUGAGCUUGGAGCCAGGGACCACCAAGGACCCCGGUGGAGUUGAGAGGCGCAAAUAUAAGGAAUUGAGAGGCAUAUUUAAUCGUUUUCAUAAUCUCAAACACCGUAAAAAAAAUAUUAGGACCUACAAUAAUCUAAAAAACAGAAGCUUCGGCUUUAAGGAAUGAGAAGACUGAUAUAUGCAUAUUUCUAAAUAGGCCUCUACUAUUGACAUUUAUUAGGCUGGUAUCACGAUAGUUAAAAGGAUUUCCAUUCGGGAAAUGAGCCUUUCGGGGGUCUGAAGGCUACCAAAAGUGUCAAAAGACUAUUACAGUUCAGUGCCUGGAGCUCCAAGAUUCUGCAUUUUAGCUGAUUUAUUACUGAUUUUGAACACAUUUGUUUAGAAUUUACUAACUUGUGAGUUUUCCGCCACUAGUUUGUGAUACAAUAUGCAUAAUGACUUUCCUGAAAAUGUAAAAGUAUUUUUUUUAUGAAGGAUGAAUGUCCGUAGCAAACGUUAUUACAUUUUUACUGGAUGAAUGAGAACAUUCACUACUUAAUAGUAAUCAUAUCUUUGCUAAAUGUAGUAUUGGUCCAUCAUUUUUUUCAUUCAGAGCAAAAAUUUGUCGGGGGCCCGUUACUGCCUGUGAAAGUUGCGCGUUAUAAAGUAAAAUGUACCGUGCAUCCUCUGACUAUCCAACUUUCGUCCCGCCAUUUGUUUACGUUUUCUCUAAAUUUCCAAGCAAGUCUAUGUGUUGAUCCUAUGUAGAUGGUGCACUGUCAGAUGAAGACGUCGUCGGGGAGAGUAAGACCGACUGUUGAUAACCCUGCCGGGGAAAGUGUUACACGCUAUUGUCAUAACUUUACAUAGGAUAUUUUUUUCAUACAACAUGUGUCAAGCUUCCCUAACGAGGCGGCAGCUAUUCCCGGCAAAAUUCUGCUGCUUCCCUUUCCUAAUGGCUCCACCACUGGGUAGAGUAGCUAAAUAAUACAACAAUCCUCUGGGAAAUGUAAAUUAAAUCUAAAGUGUGACCAAUGAACUAGUGCUCCUAUUUUCUGAGGUAGAGGAGUUGCUUAGCUGUACCAGUACGCGCCCAAAUGACCUACAAUAUUUAGCACAUCGAUGACGACUAAAAAAAGAAAUUUGGUAUGUAAUAAAGCUAAUAAGUGUAGUCAUUAGAAAAAAUUAUGUGUAAUAUAUAGUGGUUGAGAGGUACCGGUGCUGAAAAAAAUAUAAUCCUCUAAUCUUUUACAUAGGUCUACUGGAUUAUUAAUUAUUCUGGGUAAUGGGGCUGUAUAGUUUUUAUGAUAAACGUGUAUCUGCUGUGAAAUUAAGGUAAAAUUAAAUAAGAUUAAAAUAGAUGAAUAUAUCUUUUAUAUCCCGGUUAGUCUGUUCAGUAUAAGUCUACUAUUUUCCCCAGUUUUGCUUUAUAAACUAGGUCUCAUUAUAAGGUAUUGGGAGUGGAGUUGUGUUUGGUCGUAAAAAAAAAUCCUAGUGUUAAAGGAAUUUAACCCAGGAUCCUGAGAUUGAAGGGCAAGCAUUUUCACCACCAAACUUUUCAUCUUUACUCCUA